CGUCAACCAGAGAACAUGAUGCCUCUUUGCAAGUCAACUCGUGUGCUCUGUGGCUGAUAGAGGCACCUCGAGCUGAAAUAUUAUAGCUCUAUUGUAUUGGAGAACAUGGUGUGACAGCCCCCGGGUUCAGCAAAUGGCCUGCUUCGUAUCGCUGCACUGACGAGAUAGUAUCGCCACACUGGCGAUCAAGCUGGCAGGGCAACACAGAAAUCAACUUUGUCUAUUUUUAAUGGACACGCUUCGAACAGCGGUGGUGGCGGCGGCGGGCGGUUUGUUUUCCUUUCGUCUUUAUCUGUAGCUGUGAGCCCCCAGUGUGUCCCCUGCUCGUCUGGCUGCCUCCUACUCACAAACAGUCUCAUCCAGAACAGCAUGGUCAUGGCUGACACUGUCCAAAAACCGCUGACCCGGGGUCCGGUCCGAGUGGGCUUUUACGACAUCGAGCGCACUUUAGGAAAGGGCAAUUUCGCUGUCGUGAAGCUGGCUCGACACCGCAUAACCAAGACAGAGGUGGCCAUCAAGAUCAUCGACAAGACCCAACUGGAUGCUGUCAACCUGGAGAAAAUCUACAGGGAAGUUCAGAUUAUGAAGAUGCUGGACCACCCACACAUCAUCAAGCUGUACCAGGUGAUGGAGACGAAGAACAUGCUAUACUUGGUCACGGAGUAUGCCAAGAAUGGGGAGAUCUUUGACUACCUGGCAAAGCAUGGCCGUCUCAGUGAGCUAGAGGCCAGGAGGAAGUUCUGGCAGAUCCUGUCGGCGGUGGAGUAUUGUCACAACCGCAACAUCGUCCACAGGGACCUGAAGGCUGAAAAUCUGCUGCUGGACGGCCAUAUGAACAUCAAGAUAGCAGAUUUUGGAUUUGGGAACUUCUUCCAGCCCGGGGAGCCUCUGGCCACAUGGUGCGGCAGCCCGCCUUAUGCUGCUCCAGAGGUCUUUGAGGGCCAACAGUAUGAGGGUCCACAGCUGGAUAUCUGGAGUAUGGGGGUGGUGCUGUAUGUGCUGGUGUGUGGUGCGCUGCCCUUCGAUGGGCCCACUCUGCCUGUACUUCGACAGAGAGUCCUAGAAGGAAGGUUUCGCAUCCCCUAUUUCAUGACUGAAGACUGUGAGCACCUGAUCCGCAGGAUGUUGGUUCUCGACCCAUCGAAGCGCCUGUCUGUGGCUCAGAUCAAGGAGCACAAGUGGAUGGCUCUGUACGCCCCGGUGCAGAGGCCCGUCCUCUACCAGCAGCCUCUGUCUGAUGAGGCAGAGGCUGGGGUGGGGGAGUACAGCGAGCAGGUCCUCAGGCUAAUGCACAGCCUCGGCAUCGACCAACACAAGACCGUAGAGUCUCUGCAGAACAAAAGCUACAACCACUUUGCUGCUAUCUACUAUCUGCUGGUGGAGCGUCUGAAGGCUCAUCGCUGCAGCUUCCCCGUCGAACAGCGGCUCGAUGCCCGCCAGCGCCGGCCCAGCACCAUCGCCGAACAGACGGUCGCCAAGUCGAGCAGUGGUUCAUCCCAGGUGGGUUUGCUCUCACAGGGUGUCCGUCUGCUGCGCUCCCCUGCUGUGCCCCAAGCCUCCUCAGAUGCUUUCACCUUCCCCCCGACUGCAUGUUCCCUGGAGCAGAAUUUCAUGGUAGAGGACGUCAACACGCCCAAAGUGAACGGCUGCCUGCUGGAUCCCCUGCCUCCCCCCACUGUCCUACGCAAGUCCUCCACCUCGUCGCCUAGCAACAUGAUGGAGAUGUCGAUUGAUGAGGGCAUUGAGACGGAGGAGCCCGAUACAGAAGAUGAUCCGGCCCACCUGCUCUCGGCCUAUCAAACAGCUCGGUUUAACCAGCGGCGACACACCCUUUCUGAGGUGACCAAUCAGCCGGGGCCUUCAAACCAAGGUAAAUUAUUCACUCUUGGUCACAACCCUUCUAUGGGCAGCAUGGACUCGGACAUCGGCUACGACAUGGGCUCCAUGCACAGCGACCUCGGCCUGCUGGAGGACCCCCCCUCUCUUAGUGAAUUGGUACCAGGCAACAGCUCUAGUCCCGGCGUUACGCCUACUACUUUCUUGAGCGCUCGGCCCGCAAACCAAGCAAUGGCCGUCCUGACGUCCCAUCACAGAGAGGCGCACAAUCGCUCCCCCAUCAGCUUUAGAGAGGGGAGGCGUGCCUCCGACACCUCGCUCACCCAAGGUCUCGUUGCGUUUCGGCAGCACCUGCAGAACUUGGCCAGGACCAAAGGUAUCCUGGAGCUGAACAAAGUCCAGAUGCUGGUGGAGCAGAUGGGCUCCGGGGAAGGGGCCGCCAUGGGCCCCCUGGGACCACAGCACCACUUGCACAACCUCCUGGAGGGCGAGGCAUCCAAGCAGCAGGAGGGCCUAGCUUUAUACCAAGGUGGUCCGCCUCUCCUGUCCCGCAGACAGAGUUUAGAGACACAAUACCUCACUCAUAGACUCCAGGCCAACGUCUUGGCUAACAGUCCUGCUAGCUGCCAACAUUUCUGUCAGGACACUCGAACUUUAGAGCAACAGCUGCAGGAACACAGUGGGGUGUGCUGCCCUCCCCACAGACUGCACCAGAAGAGGAUGUACCUGCAGCAGUCCCAGGGCCUGGGGCUGCCGGUCUACUUCAACCAGAUGCAGAUAGCUGAAGGAUCCUACCCACCAGGGGGCCCUGGCCUGGACCCAGCGGGGUCUCAGGGCCCUCCCAUGUCAGCCCCCCAGCAGCAGGUCAGUCCUCAUCCCUCGCCCCCCUUCAGCCACCCCCACAGCAUGAGCUCCCUGAUGGAGCCGGGCCAGGGCCUGGUUUAUGAUCCUUACAUGAGCCACCUCCACUACACCCAACAGCUCCCCCCUGGAGCCCACCUCCACCACCAGCUCCACCAUCCCCUCCCUCACGAUGCCUCUGCCAGCGGCCUGGGCUUCAGCUACCCUGCAGGCUGUGAGCAGCACGUCCUGGGGCCUUCUUUUGAGGGGCUUCACCCAGACCAGUCCCAGUACCUGCUGGACCCUGCCCUGUUGCCCCUGCAUGCCUCAGGAGACGCUGAGGCUGGGGGUCUGGGGGGUCCCGGGCACACGGAGGGCCUGGGUCUGCAGGGCCUGGACAGUGAGAUGAUGGAGACCGUGGACUCCCAGCACGGCUUUGUACUGGUCAACUAACGCCAGCUGAAGGUUAACAGAAAGCAGUAUUAAGCAAACCUUCACAGCACUAAGAGCAGAGAGAAUGGAGAUAUAAGUGGAGGCCAUAUGCGUAGCAACAGGGAAGGAAAAGUGUUCAUUUUUGUAUGAUUAAUACAAACUUCAUUUCCUAGUGGUGAUGAACGUCAGACAACCUUUUCUGCCGCGCCCCUCCCUUAGCAUACCUUCCUUUCUCCCUCUAUUCCUCUGCUCCCUUCAGCUCUGUGAGGCAGGUCCGAUAUCUGUCACCAUGAGAGCUUUGCCGUGCCCGUGAACACUGCGUCGUGCAGCCGAGUGACGCCGCACAUCCUGCCAGAGCGCCGCAUUUCUCCUAGAAAUGUUUUGGAAGUGAACUAAUUUAGGACUGACUGUCAAACAACCAUAAGGACAAUGGCUGGCAGUGCUUUUGUAUUUAAAUAGGACACCACCAACAGUAGACUGAUUCUAAAAAGACUUCUGUGGAUUUCUUUUUUUCUAAAAAACAAUUGAACAACAGAAAAUAGCCCUCAUUUAUCACGGCACCACGAACAUUGCCGCAAAUUCAAGUGGUUUUUUUCUCCAUUUUAUACAAAUGAUUUUACAAACUAAUGCGAGUGCAAGGCUAAUGUCAUGGCCGUAUUCAAGCUUUCAACACUAACAUAUACAUUACUACUCCUAACAAUCAUCAGGUAACUCUUUUGUCAUUUGCUUAAACAAAUACCUUAAUCAUGCAGAUAGAAGCAUCAGGUUGGCACCAUGUUAAGCUUUUGCUAUAAACAGCGCUAAAUUCUGAAAAUAGUGAGUGAAAAUAAUAGAUACCGCACAAUUCUGUUGCCUCAGACUUUGUGUAGGCGUCGGACAUAAAUAAUAUUUGUUGGUUUUCUUUGUGUUUUUAUAAAUUGUAACUACUGAUCCUGAGUUAUUUCCUACACUACUGAACUGCUUUUCCCCCCACCUGUACAUUCAAUUGCACACGCCUGCCAGGUCUCAUGUUGAUGAAAUAGCCCCACGGUGCAUACACCUGUUGAAUUAUGGGUCAUGCGUUUGCCUGAUAAAUGAGGGCUGAUGUAAUUAACGUGUUUGGUUGAGAAGUAGCGUUGUUUUAGACAGUCGAUAUUAUUCUAUUUUUGUGGCAAUACUGAAGCAAUAUUAAUCCUUAAUGUUGAGGGAAUAUGAAUGGAAGCCUCACCUGUACAGCCAACUCUGAUUGGUUCCUGGGGACCUCUGAGUCAUCAGCAGUGACAUCACUUGAGCCGAUGAUGUAACCAGGAGAUAAUCCCCCCCCCCCCACUCUCCCCUCACCCUGGAAGUGCAGGGAGAAGGUGUGUGUGUGUGUGUGUGUGUGUGUGUGUGUGUGUGUGUGUGUGUGUGUGUGUGUGUGUGUGUGUCUUCAGAUGUUCUGCCUCCAUCACAUCAUUUCUUGGAAAAAGAAAAACACUGUAUUGACGUCUCCGUUUACAAACAACACAAACUGUGUUUUUCCACUCAGUGCUCAGUCGGAGCUUUUAGAUGAAUUCUGGUUUACAUCCUCCAUGCUCCAGUCAUGCCUCUGUGGUGUUUUAACAAUGAAUCAUGUUUGUUAUAAUGACGCGUUGAAGAUCCCCUGCAUUAGGUUUCAUGAAAGAAUGUUUUCCUCUCUGACAUUGAGGCCGCAGUGAGACAAAAACCGGCCGAACAUCAGUCACCUGACACUGGAUUUAGACUACCGGCUCACCGCCGCUCUCUGACUGACAGCGAAACAUGACGAGAGAUUUUUUUUAAUUCAUUUUUUUGACAGAACAUAUGCUGUGUUCAAUCUACUUGAAGCGCACUGAUGUAUCUUUUCUGACAGAUGAUGAUUCCUUCUUAAAAACAACUGCUUUUCCUUGGAAUAACAGGAUAGUCAGCGUCAGAGGGUUGGGAUGACAUUAUUGGACUGCGACCAUCUGCCAGACGGCCCGACCUUCAGCAGUUGUGGGUUAAACUGUUCAAGUGUUUUUCUCAGAUUAGCCUUCAAAACACGACUGUUGCUCUCAGCCUGUUGACUAGACUAAAUAUAAGUGAGAGUUCACAACCAGAGUGUGAAGAGUUUGCCCCUGAGCCUCCAAUAGUCUUAAAUGAUGGCUAGGAAAUUUGGACCAACUGUGGUUGCAGUCCUGUGCGUGACUUAAAGGAAAAAUCCACCCUAAAAUGUUUUCAACACUGUCACAACUAAGUAACCUAGCAACCAAUAAUCACAAGUUCUGCUGACUUUGUAUGUAUCAAUUAGGUUUAUAAAAUGUCAACAUUAAAAAGAAAAACCCCUUGUUCUUAUUUCUCAGGGCUCAAAUUAACAUAUUCAGUUUUAUCUGACCAACGAAGGAACAAUAUGGUAGCUAAAUUACUUUAUGACUACCUAUAUUAGCUCUACUGCAUUUCUUCUUCAGUGGUGUACUUUUUAAAUCCUCUCUAUAAUUGAUUGAUCCAUCACAUUGAGAUUUAGUAAGUCACCAUUUAGCCAUGACAUUUAAAAGUCAAGAGGGCAUAGAUACUCAUCACCCGACGACAAUGGCCUUGACAGACCAGAGUGCGCUGCAGUCAUGCUGAAAAACAGGUCUUGUGGUUUCGUUAAUAGUUCCACCCUAAAAUACAAAUGCUUAUUCGGACAUACACCCAUAUUUAAUGACAGGAAUACGCUCACACCCAGUUUGGUCAUGUUAGAAACGUCGUUAGAAAGGGAAGGAACUCGAAUACAACGGGGUUUACAGAACACAACACUAAUACUGCCGAUACAUAGCAGUGUAAACGUAUCAAAGGGUGGAUUUUGCCUUUUAAGUGAAUGUGAUUGUUUGCUUUCAUUUUGUCAAUGGUCAGGCUAGAACAGCUACAAGAUGAUCUGUGGAAGUUGAAAACUGGAGCACUUUGACAACAAGGGGAAGAAGGGAUGUAGCGAGAGAGGAGGAGGAGGGAAGGGUUUGUUUCGCUAUGCUGUUUCCUGGCAGAUCAUACCAACCCUAAUCUGUAGGAAACCCCUUUCUCCUCUCUCUCUUCCUCACCAAUAAUGGACACAAAACACAUUUCUUUCAAAGAAAGACCAGACACAGUCAAACUUUAUCUGAUUGUUUAUUUUAAUCCAAGAAAGAGAAACAUUUGUCAGUUUACGGCGAGUGACCUUUGUAUAAAUUAGUGGUGUAGUGACUCAUCGGUGCACCAAGGUGAAUUUUGUGUUGAACGUGAAAAGUGUUCAGUGUGCCUUUUUACUUUUUCGUAUUUUUAAUCUGAAUCAAGAUUUUGAAUAGCACCAUUAUUUCUGGUUGGACCCUUUUUCUCAUUUAUUUUCUCAUUACUUUUUUUGUUUUUCUUCCCAAAAAUAAGUAGAGCCAGGUUUUACAAAGGUACAAAACCAAAGUCCCUCAGAAGUUUCCCUGUACGACCCACCGUGUGGAGUUUUGGAGCUUCUUUUGUCUGCUUCUCUACCGUGCUUUUUUUUUCUUGUUGGUCAAUCAGUGUAUGCCAUUUAAAAGUAUUAUAGCAAUAUUUCUCUAGUUGAAGAAUAAAGUCAUGAAGAUUCUAGUGGACGUGUCUCCAAGUAUCAUCAUUUCACCUCCAGCUGAUGAAACAAAAACACCAAUCUAUCGAUAAAAAAACUGUUUUAUAUUUACCUUCUUUGAUGUUGACCAUACAUAAGCUAACUUGCUGUUGAGAUUAAAAAAAGGUUUAUUGAACAUUA